AUGGCUUCAAACGCUCGAUUCGAAGAUAUACUCGCUAUGAUGAACAAGGAGCUUGAGAAGGAGAAUAAGAAGCUGCUCUCAAUCGAAAAUAUAAAUAUGACUGUAACUUAUCAAGUAUCCAGCGGUGGCAACCUCGAUAUCGAUUUCGCACUCUCAGAUCCAAAUAUACCCCUUUACACCAAUCUGGGUAAAGAUACAGGCACUUACUCAUUCACAGCAGAUAAGGAUGGUAGAUACUCUUACUGCUUUUCAAACUCAAUGAGUUACAAUACUGAUAAAGUAAUCUCAUUCAACGUUCACGGUAUUCUUUAUGUCCCCGAUGAAGGUCAUACUUUGCCUAUUGAACAGGAAAUACGUAUCCUCGCAGAUAACGUUAAGGCUGUCCAAGAUGAGCAUGAAUAUUUAAAAGCAAGGGAGAGGAGUCAUAGGGAUACCGCAGAAUCAACUAAUAGCAGAGUGAAAUGGUGGUCUAUUGCUCAAUCUGGACUAUUGAUCGUGACUUGUGCGUGGCAAGUUUACUACCUUAAAGCCUUCUUUGAAGUGAAGCGCGUAAUUUGA